AUGUCCUAUUAUCAAGGAAACCCCGUGCCAAUCUUCGCGGGCUACACUCCUCGUCUGUUUACGGAGCUCAAUGUCGGCACCGGCUGUAUUAUCCCGACAGAAUUCAACCCUCCUCGUCCAGAUGAUACGCCGCAAUCGUUAUUCCCACAUUGCCCCAAAGUCACAAUGACGGAUCGAGUCCAUCGCUACAUCCGUCUCAAUCCCAACGGACGAUCCGUCGAAGAUGAAUUCCUAAUCUACACAGAUGGUUCGUGCAAGGACAACGGCCGAAUGAACGCUCGAGCGGGAUGUUCCUUUGUUUUCAACGAUUCUGCAUCUGGUUACGCACGCUUUGCCCUCGAGUACAAAGGUCCCACUGGUCAACAGCACACGCUGACAGUCGACCGCGCACAGGUCCGAGCUGUCAUUGCUGCGCUGCAAUAUCGAGAUUGGGCGGCAGAUGGAUGCAGUCGUCUGAUCAUUGCGUCAGACUCGGAAUAUCUGGUCGAUGGUAUCACGAAGUCGAUUUGGGAAUGGUUAAGCUGGAGUUGGGUUACAACUGCCGGGGAACCAGUCAGGAAUCGCGAUCUUUGGGAGUGUCUUCUCGGGGAGGUCGAAAUGUGGGAGGAGAAGGGCAUCCGUGUUCAAUUCUGGCGGAUUCCUAAGGAGUUUAAUACGAAGGCGGACCGUUAUGCCAACGAGGCUACUUUCAUGGAAAGGUAUCAGGAGUUUACCGAUAUCGCUGACAUGCAUACUCCUCCGGUCUAG